AUGACUUGUUGGCAACUUCAAAGUCCUUUUACAAUUCCCCAGCAACAAUUAUUGACAUUAUUAUAUUCAAGUUGAAGUGGUGUGGUUGUCCCUGUAUGAGCGCGAAAAAACGAUUUUUAUGGUAAGCAUCCGGUAGAGCUAAUGUGACGAAGGAAGCACACGAUUACGUUUGUUUCUCCCCACUGAACAAUUCAACUUACUACCCUCACGAAGGUAGGAGGCAGAAACACUUGUCCUGCCACUUUGCCAGCUCACGACCACUUUUAAAGUGUGAACGAGUAGUUGGCCCGUCUGAUUCCAGGUGAAGAAGCCGAAGGCGAUGGACUGGUUCCACUGUAACCGAUGUUUCAGGAGGAAAGGGCCCAAGUUCUUCGUCUCCAGUUGUGGCCAUAUCUGCUGUGAGGGUUGCAUCAACUCCACAGAACAAUGCACCGUUUGUGGAGCCAGUUGUCAUUAUCUGCCUCUUACAGAUGCGAUGAAGCCACAGGAAGAAGUGUUUUUCAAGGACCCUGUGAAACUUAUUCAAACACGGCUUGAGCACAUAACACAGAUUGCCCUCUUUCAACGCAAACAGAAGGAGCGAGUGACGGCCUACUUCAAGCAUAAGUCUUCUGAACUGGAGAGACGCCUGAAGGAGGCCACAGAGCAGGGCUACAGGCAAGUCUGUGAGCUGAAAAGACAAAAUGCAGAGUUGAAGAAGCCUCUUUCUCAGAGAAGGGUCUCACCGGGACAAUUUCUAACAAGCAGUGCCCACAGGAUAUCUCUUCCAGUUGCGGUCACACCUCCAGUGACACCUUGCCCACAGAAUAUGAGUCAUCCCAGCUCGGCCGAAUCCCAGGGGAGAGCUAGAGGCCCACGGCUUUCCCUCAUGACACCACCUGGAUCGGCCCGGUCCAUGUCCACUCAUACUUCCCAUCAGGACUUCAGUACACCAGUCUCCUAUACUCCUCCAUUCAGGGCGGGAAAUCAAAACCCAAAUGUUUUCCAGUUUCAGUUAUUCAGUGGAUCAUCCCUACAGUCUCCCAGACCUGGGAGAAAUUGGCACUGAAAUCCAUUUAGUGGUCACGUUUCUGGUAAAUUUAGUCACGAUGAGGUCAUCCCAUUUAUGGUAAACCCUAGGUUUGUUUUUGUAGUUGAAUGACUUGUUGUUCGUUUUGCACAGGCCAUGUGGCAUUAUGCUGUUUAAGAUAUAUAUCCAUUCAUAGGUUUUCAUAUUCUAUAUUUUAUUCAUAAGAAAAUGGCUGGAAAAGUUCAUUUCUAUUCA